CUUUGCCGACGAAGAACCUGUGCCAUCAAAAUUUGGCCACGUUGACAACUCAAGAGAGAGAAUAAUAAAAGAUAGAGAGUGAGCGCCAACCAAAUUAAGUAGCCAACCAAUAAAAACAACCUUUCAGACAACACAACCCAUCAAAACCUUAUGCUCAAAAGUGUCUAUAUCUAUUCAAUUAAACAUAUAAAAGGCCACAACAUCCAACUCACAACUCUCCACAAAACCCCUUAACUUUUUUUUUUCCUCUUCACAAAUAUGGAGUGGCAAAGAGGCCACACCAUAGGCCAUGGCUCAUCCGCCACCGUCUACACCGCCACAUGCCACGGCGUUGUCUUCGCCGUGAAGUCGUCGGAGCUGUCACAAUCAGAGCCUCUACAAAAGGAGCAAAAAAUUUUAUCCUCUCUAAGUAGUCCUUAUGUGGUUACAUACAAAGGGUGUGACAUUACCAUGGAGAACAACAAGCCCUUUUUCAAUCUCUUCAUGGAGUACAUGCCCUUUGGUACCCUUGCACAUACUUCUCGUAAUCACGGUGACCGACCUGAAGAGCCGGCCAUCGCAUGUUAUACGAGACAAAUUGUGCAAGGGCUAGAGUACUUGCAUUCAAGAGGGUUGGUGCAUUGUGACAUCAAGGGUUCCAACAUCUUAAUUGGUGAAGGUGGAGCCAAAAUUGGUGACUUUGGAUGUGCCAAGAGGGUGGCGGACGAGGCAGCGGCGAUCAGCGGCACGCCGAUGUUCAUGGCGCCGGAGGUGGCGCGUGGGGAGGAUCAAGGGUGUGCUAGUGACAUUUGGUCACUUGGGUGCACUUUGAUUGAAAUGGCCACUGGUGGUGCACCAUGGCCUAAUGUGGCAGACCCUUUUUCUGUGCUUUAUCAUAUUUCAUAUUCUAGUGAAGUGCCUCCAAUUCCUUCUUUUCUGUCCCAUGAAGCAAGGGAUUUCUUGGGGAAGUGCUUGAGGAGGAAUCCACAAGAGAGGUGGACGGCUAGUGAACUCUUGAAGCAUCCAUUUCUUGGGGAAUUAUGUUUCAAUAAGGAAGUUUUGGGGUCUAAUUCUUCAAGUUCCCCGACUAGUGUUCUUGAGCAAGGCUUUUGGAGUUGUGUGGAAGAAUCAGAAAGUUUUGGCAAUUUGGUUCACAACACAAGUAGUUUUGAAAUUUCGGCUUGUGGGAGGGUCAGAAUGCUGGCUCUCUGUUCAGGGGUGCCCUGUUGGGCACGACAUGGUGAUGAUGAUGAUGAGAAUUGGAUCACAACCAGAGAAAAUCCAACAGAAAAUUAGUAGUUUUGGACUGCAAUUUUAACUAGUUUUUAUAUGACAUGUAAUUAAAGAUUAUUAAUUUUUUUUGUAAAUUAACAUGUCAUAUAAAAAUCCACGGAUAUCAUAAAUAUUUGAUAUUAAUAAUUUCUACAAUUAGAGGAGGGAUUGGAGUUGAAGGUUUGGGCAAUUGUGGGGCAGGGACAGCUUCUGAUAGUCAUGGUGUGUCUCAGCAGGAGUUGGUGAAAAGCAAUAUCAGUGGUAGAAUUAGUGGCAUGCUUGUCCUGAUCACAAAUGUAGAGUGCUAGGGUUGUAGUUAGUGAUCUCAAUUUUGACAGGGGUGCUUGGAUUCUUUUCACUUAACAUUAGAUUUUCUAUAAUUCAAUUAUUCUAAAUUUCAUUC